GAGACAAACCACACAAGUGUGAGUUCUGUGACAAGUGCUUCAGCCGGAAGGACAACCUGACCAUGCACGUGCGUUGCCACACGAGUAUGAAGCCACACAAGUGUCACCUCUGUGACUAUGCGGCUGUGGACAGCAGCAGCCUCAAGAAGCACCUGCGGAUCCAUUCUGACGAGCGGCCAUACAAGUGCCAGCUCUGCCCCUACGCCAGCCGCAACUCCAGCCAGCUCACCGUGCACCUGCGCUCCCACACGGGGGACACCCCCUUCCAGUGCUGGCUCUGUAGCGCCAAGUUCAAAAUCAGCUCGGACUUGAAAAGGCACAUGAUCGUGCACUCGGGGGAGAAGCCUUUCAAGUGCGAGUUCUGUGACGUACGCUGCACCAUGAAAGCCAACCUCAAGUCGCACAUCCGCAUCAAGCACACCUUCAAGUGUCUGCACUGUGCCUUCCAGGGCCGGGACCGGGCCGACCUCCUGGAGCACAGCCGGCUGCAUCAGGCCGACCACCCAGAGAAAUGCCCGGAGUGUAGCUAUUCCUGCUCCAGUGCAGCCGCCCUGCGUGUGCACAGCCGGGUUCACUGCAAGGACCGUCCCUUCAAAUGUGACUUCUGCAGCUUCGACACGAAGCGACCCAGCAGCCUGGCCAAGCACAUUGACAAGGUGCACAGGGACGAGGUCAGAACGGAGAACAGGGCCCCACAGGGCAAGGAAGGACCCAGAGAGAGCAGCUCCCACCACGUGGCCAAGAUUGUGACCCAGAGGGCCUUUCGCUGUGAGACCUGCGGUGCCUCCUUUGUCAGGGAUGACUCUCUGAGAUGCCAUCGGAAGCAGCACAGUGACCAGGGGGAGAACAAGAACUCAGACCUGGUCACCUUUCCCCCAGAGAGCAGUGCCUCAGGGCAGCUGGGCCCCCUGGUCUCUGUGGGACAGCUUGAGAGCCCUCUGGAGCCCAGCCAUGACCUCUAGUGCAACCACAGGGAACCCUCAGGAUCCAGACAAAGCUGGUGCCAGCCCCCUCAUUACCAGGCCAUGUGGUGGGCUUUGGUCCUCAGUGCUGGACCUAGCAGCCCAGACUUCAUGGGCCUCUGAUGGCAGUAGUUGACAUGUGAGGACAGACACCCAUUCAUAGUGCUGUCUUCCUACAAGAUCACCUGAGCCUUGUGGCAUGGGACCUCUGAGCACUGCUCUGCCAACAGGGAGAAAUUCUUC